AAAAUGCAUCCGCAACUCACCAACGACGAACACGCAAAAAUGCUGAAACUUGCCAAAGUUCUUCCUUGUCAUUUUGCCUUGGGGAGAAAUAGAAAUCUUCAAGGUCUAGCAUGUGCUAUUCUUAAGCUUUGGGAGAAAAGUUUGGUUGCAAAGAUUGCUGUCAAGCAUGGUGUCCAGAAUACAAACAAUGAACUGAUGGCUCUGGAGUUGAAGGUUUCUUAUCUGCAAUUCCUUGUUUGGUGUCAAUUGCUUGUGAAAGUUUUAGUGUGUAAAGCAUAAUGCAUCAAAUUAUGGACAAGUACAGAUCAUUGAAUCAAAACUGUAUAAUAGGCUAUAGAGCUUCACUUAAAAAUUGUGAAAGCGAUUUUUAGAAUGAAUAAUACUAUGAAUAUGAAUAUGUCCAAGACCCCCGAGUAUUCAAUCAAAUUGUGAAAGCGGUUUUUUGGAAUACUUUUUA